AUGAUAACCUUGCAAAAGAACGGCAAGCAGUAUCUGAUGCAGGACGGAUUCACUUUCUACCGGCACAAGUCCGUGAAAGGGGGUUUCAGAUGGAGCUGCACUCACUCCUCCCGGUGUCGGGCGCACCUCAUAGUCGCCGACGGCUGGCGUCUGGUCAGAUCGGUCGAUCUCCACAACCACGAAAGGCCCAAAUACAUGGCGCUGGCCGACGGAACUUACAUUAAAGUC